CUCAACUAUAAUUGGCUUCACUUUUCAAUACUGCAAAAUCAAUGAAUCAAUAAGAUGUCAUGAACCAAUAAAUUAUAAUAUCAGUGAACUUUGUCACGAACAUCUAAAAAAUGUGACGAAUGGUCAUCUUAUUGAAAAAAAUACUAAAUAUUGGCUAUUUGACUUUGAGGAUUCGUCAGAGAAUGUUGGAAGACUCACAGAUUCCUGCCAACCAAAAACCCACAUAUUCUUCCUAAAAACACACAAGACAGCCAGCAGCACAGUCAUGAACAUUCUGUUCCGUUUCGGAGAAGCUCACAACUUGACCUUUGCCCUUCCAUUUGGAUCACAGUUUUCAUACCCCUAUUAUUUCACUUCUAAGUAUGUUGAAGAUUUCUCCAUGACAGGAAAGAAGGAGUUUCACAUCAUGUGCCAUCACAUGAGGUUCCAGCUCACUGAGGUGGAAAAGGUGAUGCCUAGCGAUACAUUUUAUUUCACUAUUCUACGGAACCCAGUUUCUCAAAUGGAAUCAUACUUUUCAUAUUAUAACAGUCAAUCUACAUUUCUUGGUGCUAAAAGUUUAGAAGACUUCUUCAGCAACACAUCAAAAUAUUACAUUGGCACAAAGAGUUCCAAUGCCAAGAACUCAAUGGCUUUUGAUUUGGGUUUUGACAACAAUGGACGAGAAUCUACAAAGCACUUUAAACUUAUGUGUCAGGCAGUAGACAUCAUGUUUGACCUGGUGCUAUUAUCAGACUACUUUGAUGAAUCUUUAGUGCUUUUGAAGAAUGCACUUUGUUGGACUUUUGAAGAUAUUCUAUCAAUUCCACUUAACAGAAGAAGCAAACAUACAAAACAAGCACUCUCUAAAGAAACCCAGGAGAAGAUCAAAAACUGGAAUCAGUUAGACUGGAAUCUGUAUGUCUACUUUAAUAGGUCUUUCUGGAAUAAGGUGGACAACUUUGGGAGAAAGAGAAUGGAGAAUGAAGUAGAGGAGCUUCGGACAAAGAGGACUGAAAUUGCUCAGCUCUGCUUACAAGGUGAGGUGGAUCCUAACCAAAUGCAAGACAAAUCUCUAAAACCCUACCAGUCAGGAAUAGCAAGAAUCCUUGGACACAACCUGAUGCCAGGAUUAAAAGAAAGUGACAGCCUUUUAUGCCAAAAACUAAUUACUCCAGAACUUCAGUAUACGGAACUAUUGAAAAAUAGAGCAAAAAUGAAGGUUUAGUCUACAAUAAUACAAAAAACUUACCAUC